ACAGACUCUGGCAGGGAGACCGGCCACCAGUCCCGCAGCCGGCCUGGCGGACUGGGUGCGGUCCGAGCCCCCCUGACCGCAGCUGAACCCGCCACCCCUGCUCCCUGGAAAGGAAAGGGGCGGGGAGGAGAGGUUGGGAGCCCCAGAGGUGGGGUGGCAGGAUGGGGGCUCCUUGAAUCUGUCCCUCUCCUGCACCCCUUUCUCACACUCACGUGCCGCCCACCCCCUGUCCCACUGGGGCACCGCAGCUGAGAAUGAGCGACGGUGAGCCCUGACUUAGCUCUAGGUCCUGUUGGACGAGCUUUACAGGACAGCAGCCCCGGGUUACAGAGGAAGAAACAGGAUGGCUGAUUUGAUUCUAUGUGAACCAACAGAGCUUUACAACAUCUUGAAUCAGGUCACAAAACUAUCCAGAUUGACUGAACCCAACUAUCUCUGUUUAUUGGAUGUGCGUUCCAAACAGGAGUACGAUGAAAGCCAUGUGAUUACAGCCCGUCGAGUGAAGAAGAAGGCAGAUGAAUAUCUUAUCCCGGAGUCUGUGGAUCUAGAGUGUGUGAAGUACUGUGUGGUGUAUGAUAACAAUUCCAGCUGCCUGGACCUAAUCCUAAAAGAUGACAGUGACAACUCUGGCAGUAGUGAAAACGAACUGUUGGCCAGAGGAGCUGCCAUUGAAUGUGGCAAAGCCUUAGCUCACCUCACCCGCCACCCCGUCCAGAUCCUGAGAGGGGGCUAUGAGUCUUUCUCAGCCAAGUACCACUUUUUCCGGACGCAGAAGAUUAUCUGGAUGCCGCAGGAAUUGGAUGAAUUUCAGGCAUACCCUGUUGAAAUAGUGCCAGGAAGCAUCUACCUGGGAGAUUUCAGGCAAGCCUGCGAUCCUAAAAUUCAGAAGGAUUUGAAAAUCAAAGCACAUGUCAAUGUCUCCAUGGAGAUAGGACCAUUUUUUGUAGGUGACGCUGACAAGCUUCUGCACAUCCAGAUAGAAGACUCCCCGGAAGCCUUCAUUUUCCCCUUUCUGCGCCACCUCUGUCACUUCAUUGAUGUCCACCUUGAACUUGGCAAUGUCAUCCUGGUAUUUUCCACCCUGGGCAUCAGUCGCAGCUGCGGGGCCAUCUUGGCCUACCUCAUGCACCGGAACGAGCAGACCUUGAAGAAGUCCUGGGAAUACGUCAAGAAGUGCAAAAACAACGUGUGUCCAAAUCAGGCCUUAGUGGCUCAGCUGUCACAAUGGGAGACGAUUGUUCUCGGAGGCUUCAUCACAGAUAUCUCGGUUCCACUCUGCUGAUCUCUGUGGCCCAGCUAUGGGUCCUGAAGAACUUUGCUGGGAGCUUCUUUUGGGUAGUGGGCCGGGAUGUGUAACCAGGUUGGUGUGGAAAAAGGCCUUUGCUACCUGGA